CGCAGCGCGACCGACUGCGAUGGAGCCGUCGGCCAAGUAUGCGCUGUACCAUGCAACGGACCCAGCCUCGCUCAAGUGGGCGGCGAAGAUCCGCCUGACGCCUGAGCUGCUGGCCAAGCUCCAGGACGGCUCCGUGGCCGAUGAUCUCUCGCUUACGUUCUCGGCCGACAAGGCAGAGCCGAGCGUCCUGCGCGUUGGCGACGAGGCCUUUGAGCUGCUCACGUACCCCGAAGAUGCUUCGGUAAACCAUCUCUGCACGCUGAGCCCCGAGGACGACGGGCGUGGCUACUCGUUCUACGAAACCGGGCGCAUCGCCAAGAAGCUCAUCGUUCAGCGGCUCUUGGACAGCACAGAGAAGGACCGGCUCAAGGACCGCCACGCCAAGUCUGUGGAAGACUACAAGUCGCGCAGCUCCAAGCUCCUUGAGGACAAGCCGACGCGCGGCGAGCGAAAACGGACGCGCACUGUCAUCUGGCAACCGGACACUCCUGCAGCGGCCGCCCCAGCACAGAAGAAGCCUUCGACGGCGUUUGCUUCGGCGCUAACGCCCGACCAGCUCGAGACGAUCACGCAUGAAAUCGCCAAAAUGGUCGAGGUUGAGCCCCCAAAAGUCGAGCCGAUUCGGACAAUCGACGCAGUCCCGAAGGUCGAGGUCAAACCAGCUUCGAAGGCUGUAUUUCCUGCGACUGCGCUCCCUAAAACUACCGAAGCAGCUUUGGUCGACGUGCCCAAGUCCAAGGUCAAGGCAAAGUCCAAGACCAUCGUUGCCAAGACGUCAUCCCCGAUUCCGCGAGCACCUGCGACCAUGAACGCUGACGAACCACCCACCAAAGCUGCAGCAAGUGUUGUCGGCGUCGUGCCGUCACUGGAUGCCGCCGUGCCGGCACUUGUGCCGCGCGUCCCAGAAGCCACCAAGCUCAUCCGUGCCAAGCGUCGCGUGCUCUCCCCCGCCGUGCACACGCUCUCGACCUUUACGACGGACAUGGAAACCAUCUUCAAGAGAUACAGCAGCACGCGCCAUUCGGUGACCGCAAUUGCCAAUGACAACGAGUUGGCGGCGUGCGAGGCCGCGCUCACCGAGCACGUGGCUGCGUGGACGCUUCUUGAAAAAUCGUACUCGAUUGAGGUUGUCCUCACCAACACGAAGGCCAUCACUGGUGCGCCGCCCAACGCCAAGUACGCCCAGAAGCACGAGCUCCGCGAAGAGGGCAUAGCGACGGUGAAAGCACUCAUGGACCAGCUCUUUGUGCUCAUUUCGAGCGCUGAGCUCGCGAUCGCAAGCUACAAGACGCCCAGCGAGGACAGCAAAGCCAGUGCGACGGAGUAAAGGAAGCAAACAUUGGUUUAUAUGAAAUUUUACCUUGCUGGAUGG